AUGAAUACAUCUCAUUUGGGGAACCAAAACCCACCCUUUGAAGAUGGUUCAAAAAAGGUGACCAACAAGCUUGAAAUUGGUAUCCAAGCUGAUCAUCAUAUUGAUGGCAAGAACAAAGGGACUGAUUUGAAGAAAAAAAUGAAGAAGUGUAGAUCAAUCAAGUUAUCAGAUAUUAAGGAGGGCCUAAGAUCAUCAUCACCUUUGGUUUCAAGGAAAACUGUUUCUCAGCCUGUUAAACCAUCACCACCACCUCACAGCAACAGCAGGUCUAUCAUCAAAGGAGCUAGCAAUGGAUCACCAAACUACAUGAAGUCCACCAGCAGUUCAGAGGCUAAAAAAGAGACCGCCGCCAGCAGUCAGGUGAGUUCUCGUAGGAAAAGUUCGGCUUCCGGUUUAACAAGAACGUCUAGUUUGAAGUUAACAAAAACUCCUAGUUUCAAACCUGUUAGAGCUUCCGCCAAAAGGUGUUCCAAGGUUGCUUUGCGUUCAGAUAUGAAUGUACAGAAAGCUACAUGUUCUUCAACUUUAAAGGAUUCGAAGUUUCCAGCUUAUCUUAUGCUUAAUCCUGGUGGAACCGAGUAUGAAGGAACUUCAAUUGUGAAGGUUUGUUCAUAUACUUAUUGUUCACUCAAUGGUCAUCAUCAUGCUCCUUUGCCUCCAUUGAAAUGUUUCUUGAAAGCAAAAAGACGUUCAAUGAAAGUACAAAGAAGCAUGAAGGUGGAAGCUUUGAGCCCAAGAAAGGCUUGUGGUGAUGGAACAGAGGAAUUGAACUUCUCCAUGGACUUUUUUGUUGAAACAUAUGGCAAAAGCAAAGGUGAGGAUAGUUCUGAAUGUGGCAAUGAAACAGCUCCAGAGCCUGAAACUGUGUCACGAGGUUCACUAAACGCUGAGAUUGAUUUUGGUGAAAAUGUUGAACAUGGCAGUGAAGUUGUUUCGCAAGUAGAUACCAACGAGAACGAAGAGUUUCGAGGGAUUUCGGCUAAAGAAGAAUCCUCACCAUGGAGUUUUAAUGAUGGGGACAAGCAGGAAGGUGUUUCGAGCUCUUAUGACGAUACCAUGUUUGAAGUUAUUGAUAUGGAGUGGGAUAAAUGGCCAUUUUCUGCUUCACAGUCCGGCGAUGAAGCCUGUUCUGCAAUAGAAUCUGAUACGAGCAUCGAGGAUUCAUCGGAAACCGUUAGGAAUGACAUGACAGAGGAGGGUGUGACCGACGAUAAUGAAUGUACAAACGACAUUGAUACAUGUAGCCAGGUAUCUGAAACCUUAUGUUCUGACCAAGUUUUGGCUACUACCACGGAUGAAGAACAUGGGGAACCAACAUCAGGCAAGGAGGAAAUUUUGGAGAAUGGAGUUCCUGCAACAAUUAACGAGGUUUCUGAAGUAGAUUCUACAUUUGAAGUUCCAAGUAGCGAAAUUCGAGACAAAACCGGGAACGUAGAUGUUGCCGGAUUGUUGGUUGAAGCUAAUGAUUCUAUUAAUCAGACCCUAGAGGAACAUGAAGAUGCUGCAGAUGAAGACACUAGGCACAAGCCAAGAAGCAAAGCUAUUGCAAAUGAAGAACUUCCCGAAAAGCACACCACGAAAUGGACGAUUGGACAUGGAAGACACGACGAGAACAACGACGAGUUGAAGACAUUCAACCCGAGAGAACCGAAUUUCCUAUCUGUUGUUCCAGAGACAGAUAAAGAAAAAGUUGAUCUAAGGCAUCAAAUGAUGGAAGAAAGGAGAAAUGCAGAGGAAUGGAUGUUAGAUCAUGCACUUCAACAAACAGUAACGAAGCUUGGACCAGCUAAAAAAAAGAAAGUGGCAUUACUUGUUGAAGCUUUUGAAACAGUCUUACCAUUGCCUAUAACUAAAUGUGAAACUCAUUUAAGGCAUCAUACUUCAACAGGAUUUGCUCAUAGCCAUGGUAGAACCAUUCAAGCUUGUAACUGAUAGACUGUUCUAUUACAUGUUAUUUGUUUGGCUUUUUAGUUUGUAUUUGUGGGUGAGAAUUAUGUCUGCUGUCAUGUACUUAUAAUGAUGGCAUUGAAGUUUAUGUUUUAAAUAAUUAAUUACAUGAAUGUUUUACAUGUUUGUUUGAGGUAUAAGAAUUUUAAUUAUUCUUAGAA